AUGGCCGACCGCACGGCAGCGGAGAUCAAGCCGAAAUGCACCCCCGCGGAGCUCAUGUUGAAGGUCAUUUUGACGGGGACCUUGAGCCACUACGAAACCCGCGGGAUGAUUGACGACAAACGCUUAGAACAUAUGCUCUCUGCCGGGAAGCAGAUUCUAUACAAGACACACCAGGAGAGCGAUGUCAGACAUAACCUUGGCCUAUCACCGGAUAUCUGGCAAGGCUUUACAGACGUACUGACGAAGGCGAUCCCGGUCCUCGAAUCCCAAUCGUUUGCAUGGAAGAGCCCCCCGACGGCAAAUUACGAUCAUUCCUCUUCCAACCUAAUAGCCUACAAUUACUUUUCGCUAGUCAAGGACAUUGAGCGCCUAAAUGAUCUCUGUACGAUUGCCCGUAACCUCCUCGCCACCACGAAGAAGGCGCAGAACAUGGCGGCGGAGAAAGGCUUCGAUCAGAGAAUCUUAGCCCUGGUAGAUACUUGCGUUAGAGUAACCGCGCGAGGGUUUGACGGGGAGACGAAUGCAAGGAACGAAGAGCGCUGGCAAAAGGUUGUUAACCUUUACAAGCGUCUCCUCAUCACCUGCUUGCAGUUCUUGCAUAAUUUCAUCAUGCACAACGAACAACGCAAGAUGGUGCUAUGGUUAGAUUUGUUUGGGUACCACUCAACUGGUGACUCGAACAUUAUCCAGCCCAGGGAGCCCCUUGACCCCGCUUGCAGUCAGCAGGAAGGAAUGGCGCCCAUUGUAAAGACCGGAGAGAGGAUAGUAAAUCCCCCGAUAAGGGCUCUUUACGAUCAAACAGCAGAGGAUCUGCUCUUGGAAACCAUCUCAAACUUCCCGAGAGAGCCUGCCACCAUCAAGGAAGAGGCAGCCAUGUUGCUUCUUGCUAACAUCAAGGAUCACAUGGAAAAGCUGCUCGGACGCGAUUUGACUGCCAUACAGGAAAUGGGGAAGGAUCCAGAACAGGUGAAGGAGAUUCGCGCCGCUCUUACCGCCAUACUCGGAGCAAAGGUUGAUGGAUGGUCUGAUCUCCAGGACAGGGCUAAGGACCUACCUCCUGCUCUGCCAGAAGAUGAGCCGCCUCGCAAGAAAGCAAUUGUCACGAUUGAUCGCAGCGCAACGGCUGGAUUCCCACGUGUCUGCUGGACCGAUCUUCCCGAUCUUGGAGAUUACGGUGCGCUUUCGGGUGGCGAUGCGACAGUGAUGGAGGAAGAUAUGAGCAUGCCGCGUUCGGCACAGUCAGCGGCAGAAACUCUCCAGGAGGCUAAAGACGAAUUGAUGGCCCGGUUGCAGGAGAGCUCGCAGAUUGGCGACGGUGAUCAGGACUACGACACUGGUGAUGCAGGCACGGUCGGUGACGAUGACUCGCGAAGCCUGGAGGCUGUUGCAGACGGAAGUAUGGAGGAAGAAGAGGAAGAGGAUGAUGAAGAUGACGACGACUAUCGCGGCCGGCCAGGCGACCAACAGCGGGGUCUCCUGACUGAUAUUCCACUCGUGCUGGGCCCGGCAGAGAUCGAGGCACUGCCAAUGAUCAUCCAGGCUGGUAUCGUGGAUAGUUUCGGCUUGAAGGGUGGGGAGAGAAGUGGCUCGAGGAAUAUGCAGGCCCUCAGAUGUCACAUUCUGCUCACUCAGGAGACGGGUAGGAACCUGCUUCGCGAGCUGCUGAUCUUCAUCGCUGCCUGGGAUCUCCCUGACGACGAACUCUACUUCAAGAUGAUGGUUCAGAUUAUGGACGCGGUUUUGAGAAAUGGUUUGAUGUCUCAUGCAUACUCCGAUUUCGGCCAACCCAAGGACAUCAUUUCGCCCGCGCAGGCGGUGGUUGUCAAGAUUCUCACGCAUAUCUUCCGAGCCAAGUACUCCCCUGCAUCGGUUACAGGAUCAACCCAGCCCAACGGAACAGCGACUAAAAACCCGGCCCCGCUUUCUAGAGUUGACAUCCUUACUGUCCGGUACAUCUUCACCAUCUUCCGCGGCAACAUCAUUCCCGAAACUUGCGCUUUGAUCUACCUGCAGGGCCAGAUCCGAGCUGGGCGGGCUUUGCCUGAGGACUUCCCCUUGAACCUCUGGGAUAUGGAGCGGGUGUACGAGGGUGUCUACCAAUUCCUCGAGUUCUUUGCUGUGCUCACAGAGAACAACGACUGGAAGAACCUGUUGGUCAAAUGGGAGAUUGUCUACGACCUAGUCACGUUAAUCAAAGAGCUAGAAGCCAGCAUUCCCAAGGGCCAGCUGAGCGCGCUCAACCUGGGACACAACAACCCCUCCAAGGAGCCCCAGCACACGGCUCCCGCACCGGUUGCAGUUGAGCGCCCAUACGACCCCGGUGAUCCGGACCCGAUUGAUGCCCCCGGCUCUCGGGCCGAAUCACCACCAAUUACCGAAGAUCCGUCCGAAUUUGAGUGGCGCAACCUCAAGAAACUCGUCGUGCUUGUUCUGUCGUCUCUUGUCUGGAAAUGCCCUGAAGUGCAGGACCAAAUUCGUCGCUACGGUGGUGUCGAGACCAUCCUGUCCUGCACCAACUUCGAUGCACACAACCCCUACAUUAAGGAACACGCCGUCAUGUGCCUGAAGUUCCUGCUGGAGGGCAACCGCGAGAACCAAAAGAUGGUCGAGGAGCUAGAAGCGCGGGAAGUGGUGAAGGAUGACGCAGGGAUGCUGGAACGUAGUGGACUGGAGGCAGUCAUCGACAAGGCAGGCAAGCUGGCCAUCCGCACAAAGGAUGGAGCAGACAAGCGGUAG